AUGCAACAACACCAACAAAACCAACAACAACAACAGAAUCAACAUCAAAAUCACAAUAGACUAUCGCCAAAGAAGUUCCUAAUCAACCACUUUGACGACAGUUACCCAAUGGACAACCCACUACAACAGAGACCAUCCAGUUACCAACAACAACAACAACGUGAUGAAGAUGAUUAUAGAUACAACUCUUCAAAUCUUAUUUGUCCAGAUGACCAAUUAAUGUUUGCAAUUGAUGAUAUAUAA